AAUAGUAGUUCUUUUAGUCCGUUCGGAACGAUCCAGCAAUAUUUUGAUGAAAGAUUACAAUUGUGAAUUGCGAUGCAUUUUCACCUAAUUAUACUGUAGCAUCACACACGAAUAGUUAUCCGGUAUAAUUGAAACUACUCGAAGACAUCCCCACCUGCCACACACAUGGAUACCAAGUCCAACGAUGAUUCAGCUGGCAGUGAUUCGCUGGACAAAUCUAUGCAAAUUAAGUGCGUGAUGGUCGAGACAAGCGAUGCGAUGGCGACUGGGCCGACAGUUGGCGAGGAGUCCGACAACUGCAGCCGGGAUUCCGCUGCACGGGAUAUGGGCGACAGGUCGACGUCGCCGUCGCCAACAGGAGUGAUGCAGCGAGAGCAGCAGGCUGAACAAAAGACUGAUGCGGGGUCCAGUAUGGGUGAGGGCGACAGCUCGUCACAGACGGGGGCCAGCAGCAACUGCAGCAGCAACACGUCCCCCUCCUCAAUAGUAUCGUGCACUGCCUUCGAGACGAAAGUCAAACAAAUCUCACAGAACCUCAAGGAGACCACACUGGCCGAGCCAGUGGCAGCAAGCGACCCGGCCACCAUCGACACAGCCACAAGCGAUGCCCCCACAAAUGAUGCGGCAACAAGCGACGCCGCCAGUGCUGCAGCUGGCGACAGUAGUAGCAGCCUGGGUGAUACCGGAGCCGACACAGAGUCUCACAAUUCAGCUGAUGAUUUGUCCGAGCGGCGUGUAAAAAAAGUUCGCUUCCAUCCCGAUGUCAAAGAGAAUGACGGUGGCACUUGGGCAAAGAAAAAGCGUUCACUCCAGUCCUCCGACGCGGACUCUAGUGAAAACUGUGAAGGCAUGGACCUCGAUGAAGACGACGAGUGUGAAGAUGGUGAUGAGGAGGCGGAAGAAGAGUUUGAUAUGGCCAAGACAAUUGCCGAGGCGGAGGACUACCUAAAGGAGCAUCCACUCACGUUUGUUCGUCGGGCCGAACAAAACGGGGAUACGCUGAAAGAUGGCUUCGAUACAGUCGAUGAUAUGCCGCCGGUGGUGCCGAAGGAGCCGUACGACAACGAUGUAGAUUUCUAUAGGAAAAUUGAGCCAGAAAACGGCAUAGAGCGUGUGCUAGGACGCGAAACGAAGGCGGGAAAGGUGGAAUAUCUGUUGCGCUAUGAGAAUCAGGGCGGUCUCUUUUGGGAAUCUGAAGAGUUCAUUCGACGCAUGUGCCCCACGCUCCUCAAGGAAUACGAGAAGAAUCGCGAGAGGCGUCAACAGCGACUGAUGCAUCACGUUGCCAAGCGACAGACCAUGCGACAGCGUUAUACGGAUUUCUAGUAGUGGCUGCUUAGGUUUUAAGUUCUAAAGUAAGUUCCACUUAAAUGUAAAAUUUUUGUAAUAUGCAGUUACUGAUUUUCCUUUGUUGAACAAAAACAAAUAAUGCAUCUAAGGAAUUAGAUCAUUAUAUUAAAUCAUCUA